CGCUUGACAGGUGGUGGCCCACACGCCACAGAUUUCCGUGAAGACCUGACGCAUCCGCUUGUGCUUACGCUGAGUGACUGUGAGGUGAUGCCAAUUUGUGAGAGGUGUUAAGUGCUCGUGCAUGUAGUUACUAUUGCUAACUGCACUUUAAUAGGCCUGAUUGCCUCAGUGAAGUGGUUCAGUACUGACUCCCAAAAUUAAGUAUUCAUUGUCGCCGCAGUGAAACACAGCUCACUAUAAACAUGCUGUAGAGUUUUCACUUUUGCAGUUAAGAAUCUACUGUGUUUAAAACUUCAGUUUAUAGCAACAAGAAUAUGAUUGCUGUGAAAUAAGGUAACAAUAAUCUACUGGCAAAUAGCAACACAUUUAUGUAUCGUUCGUUAAGUGAUUGUUUAGCGAAAAGAGUUUAUACACUUAAAAUAACAAUAUUUACGCGACAACUCUCAUUGCCAGGAAACAUAACACAAGGUGUCGUGGGAAUAAGUGAUAAACAACUGUGCUGAGAACGACAACCACAAAAUACAAAGAUCACAAGAAAUGGAGCAAACGAUGUUGAGCGGCGGGGGUGUGUCCCUGCCAGUGACCACCACUGGAAGCAUGAUGUCCUUGGGGUCUUCCUUGGCAAGCCUGGCGCCCCUGGAACCUCCUAGGGCAUCUACAUACCCAAAUCUGUUGCCGGGCUCGGAGUGGGGGCUUCUGGAAACUACUGACAUCGCACGGGACUAUGGCGGCCUCUUUUCCUCCUCACUGGUAGAAUAUGGUCUCCCUCCCAUCUUACCACGGACUCCCACGCCUCAUGAUGCUCUCCAUCCUCCUCAUGAUUUAACUUACCCCAUGCAUUACGCCGCCCCUAUGGAGUACCCGGCACCCCUGACACCUGAUAGUGAUCCACCCUCUGAUGGCAAUGGUUCUCCGACCUCCUCCCCACCUGCAACAUCACAUUUACUGCCUUCUGCCAACGCUUUCCCGCCCACCUCUCAUUACACGCCCACCUCACAGUUCACCUCCUCCAACUACCUGCCUAGCCACACCAUCACCUUCAGCAGUUUGUCACCGCCAACCGACGAUUUAGCGACGUUAACAUCUGUCUUGCCAAGUACCGUAGGGGGCUCUGAACAGCAAGCUGCCUCCCUGGGUCCUCUCUUGCCCCUAACAACCCAUAAUGUUGGGGAGAUGGGCUUCGGGGGCUUGAGUAGCGACGUACUUACUUCUCUGGGAUCUUUAGUGAGCGAACACCGUGCUGAUCUGUCCCACGACCCAGCUGAUACCUCAGAAGAUGCACUAAAGGCAGACCUGCUGGGCAAGCCGAGGAAGGAGAGGACGGCAUUUACGAAGCACCAAAUCCGCGAGCUGGAGGCAGAGUUCCAACACUCCAACUACCUCACCAGACUACGCCGCUAUGAGAUUGCCGUCUCGCUUGACCUCACCGAGAGACAAGUUAAGGUGUGGUUUCAAAACCGACGGAUGAAAUGGAAGCGGACUAAGAGUGGACAGUUGGCAAUGAAACGUCAACAGCAGCAGCAGCAGCAGCUGGAGCAGCAGCAACAACUGGAGCAGCAACAACUGGAGCAGCAGCAACAACUUGAAAAACAGCAACAACAGCAACAACAAGAGAAGAAGAACCCAACCCAGCUAGACCUCCAACAACCUCAGGCGGACGAGAUAAAGCCCGCCUUCCAAGUGCCUCAAGAGCAGCAACUGAAUAAUAACAUCAGGGACACCACUAGUAGCAAAAGCAGUCCUGAUAGAAACAACAGCAACGUGAGUAGCAGCAAAGCCUCAAGUGACAGUAGCAACACCAAUACCAGCAACAGCGACAGCACGUCUCGUGACCCCGUACUGACCCACCAUGGCGUGUUGGACGCACCAGCUACUCCACCAACGCUCUCCACCACCGAUCUCCAGGGUGCUCACCUUGAGGAUCCCUACACGGGUCUUCAUCAUGCCCUCGCACCUUCCACACCCUCCACAUUAGCCUCCAGCCCCUUAGAAGACGGUGGACCCUACUCUGGCCUCCACCACGAACUGGGAGACACGAACACCUACCUGGCGGAGGGCGAGACUUGCUAGUAACGCAUGCAACGCUUCGCUUUAACACUACGUUUGUUUCUUUUUCGAAACUCAUUGUUAUUUUAGUAUUCUGAACUAAUCUCAUAUUUAUUGAUACGAUAAUAGAAUAAGUGACAGUAUACUAUGAAUAGUUUUCAUGAUUCUCAACGUCUGUAUCAGACUUUCCUCAGAGUACCGUCAGCCAACGUGGGUAAUAAAGUUUUUAACUCUUUUCACAAUAGAGUGAAUAUUAGCCAAAGACGUCUUGGAACUAUUCCACAAAUGAUUGAAUAAUUUCCUACCAUAAUUAACUUUAAAAUGGUGAGAGUUUUGUCUGCAGUGUCUUCAUAUAUUCAGCAAAUCCCUGUCGUAAUUUACAGUACCUUGAUAUAUCAGUCUCGGGUAUAUUGUACAAAAAUUACUGUUACAGAAAUUUUCAUUUAUCCUUUAAUAUAGACCCGGCAGUAAUGUUAUAGUCAACACCCCAAGUUUUUCCGUAACAUUAAAGAUAUUUUUUGAUCACUUGUUGCAUAGUGUUCCUCUGUUUGAUAGUCUAGCAAGUCAGUAGUUUCCUAACCCGAAAGUGUACCAAAAACCUUUACCCUUGAUUUUAAAGUGCUCACGUUACGACACAAUACACAGCACAGUACAUCCAACACACUGUACAGUAAUUUAUGAUCCGUGACGUAAUCAAUAAAUAUCCUGACAGACGAAUCUUCAAAAUUAAUAUAAAAAUUUUUUUUCGAUAAAUUUAUACAAAAAUUUAUCACUUAAUACAUCCCAAGAAUAAAUUAAUAUUGCUAGCGUUAAGCAACACGGUGGUGUGAGGAGUCUAAUAUUGUAUUCAACUUAAUUUAUGGUAAAUAUUCUGUAGAGCUUCCUACAGUACGUUGUAGUAUACAUGAACUGUAUCAAGAGUACUAAUGGCAAGCUGUUCAAGUUGUUUAUAUAGAUUAUCAAAGAUACUUUCUCAAACACAACCCAAUAAAUAAAGACAAACUAUUGAAGUAAAAUUCUUAACUAAAAUCCACUAUAGAUUUGUUUUUCUAUGUCCAAGAGAACACACACAGUAUCUACUCUUAAGUAAAACCCUACAGUAAAAGAAUAGAUUAUUUAGUUGAAUUUUACACUACACAAAAUAUUUUAUGCUUGAAUAUUGCGUAAUAAAAUUGAGUGUGCAGAUA